CUAGUCCAGCGAAAAGACAAAGUUGUUCGGUCAUCAAUUCAUUUGCUUCUUAAUUUGCAGUAUCAUUAUUUCUACUAUAAGAUGCAUUGGACAGUUUCUGAACGGAUGCGUCGCAAAUGACAUUGGCUGAGAAAUCUAUCCGUGAAUUGUCAGGUAACUCUCUGAAAGAAAGGGCUUUUUGCCUGGCAGCGCAGCGUUAGGACUUAGGUAUAGGAUCAUUUCCCUUAAACGGAUGACAAUGUCUGGUGAGGCGAGGAAGGAGUACGGGACAACCGAUGUACCACCUGAGGCGAUUCUCCCGCCCAGACGCGCAUGGAGAUGGAGACGCGCAUGGAUUACCCCAGAAACCAAGGAGGAUUUGACUGAAAUAUGCAAACUGUCCUUCACAAUUAUCGCCAUAAAUGCAGCAUCCAACCUCGUCAACCCCAUUGCUCUGAUGUUUGUCGGGCCUCUUGGAGUCGUGGAGCUGGAUGGCGUGGGCUUGGCAACAACGCUGUACAACAUCACUGCCGAAGCUGUUACUGCCGGUAUGACUUCAGCCAGCGACACCCUCUUCGCGCAGUCGUAUGGGAGCAACAACAAGAGAAAAGUGGGGAUCUAUCUCCAGCAAGGUCUGAUGAUCAUUAUGUUGUUCUUACUACCAACGUAUGCGAUCCACUUGAAUGCUGAAUCAAUCCUUCUUCUGCUCGGACAGGACCGGCAGGUGGCCAAAGUGACUGGAAGGUACUUGUAUCUCACUAUUCCUGGAAUGUUCUUCUUCUUUCUGUACAGAAUCAUGGCUUCUUACCUCCGAGCAGUGAACUAUCUGGUUAUAUUGCUUAUAGCUGGUGUUGCCGGGACUGCUGUCAAUAUUGGAGGCCACUACCUACUCGUCACUGUAUAUGAAAUGGGAAUAGAGGGAUCAGCGUACGUACAGGAUAUGACGUACUUCGUCAUGUUCCUGGUACAGUUUUUAUUCAUAAUGAUCAAGAAGGUUUACAAGGACACUUGGUAUGGUUGGACGAAGGAAUCGUUUCAAAACUGGGGCUACUUCCUCUAUAUCGGAAUGGGAGGCUUCAUCCUGUGGAUGGUGGAGUGGAUGGGAGUGGAGUGCGGCUCAAUCUUCUCAGGCAUCCUGGGCCAGAAGGAUCUUGCCGCUCAAGCUGUACUCUUCCAGUUGUUUACAGUGUUGUACUCGUUCCCGUUUGGUUUCCUGAUCGGUGGUAACGUUAGAAUUGCCAUGUUGCUUGGCUCUGGCGACGUAGAACGGACCAAGAAGAAUGCCAAGUUAUCUAUCAUGAUUAACUCCGCCUCCACGAUAUCCGUUUGUAUUCUGCUGAUAGCCUUGCGGUGGGAAAUGCCAAAGAUCUUUAGUAGCGACGCGGAAGUGAUUGAAAUGGCUGCCAAUUUGAUGCCCAUCAUGGCACUGCAUUUGUUCAUGGAUGGCUCGAAUGGCGGAUUGUCCGGCAUCUUGAGAGGGUGUGGUCGCCAUAUGACGGGCGUGGCAAUCUCCCUAUCCGAAUAUAUCGUCCUUGCGAUUCCCCUUAGUGUUGCUUUAAUGCUUUAUACACCGCUUAGAGUGGCGGGGUUCUGGGUAGCGACAUCUAUUGCCCUCUUCUUCGGAAAUUCCUUCUUCAUCUGGUACAUUUUCUUCAUCCUCGACUGGAAAAAGGAGGGCGAAAAGGCUCUGAUCAACGCAGGUGUGGCCCCGGACACCGGAAGUGAUCAAUUAGUGGAAGAGGACACGGGAGAACACGUGACUACAGAUUCUAACACAAGCACGAAAAGCUCAUCAACUCUGGACAUCGAAGCUGAUUCGGAAACUCUUGGUCUCCUGAGCUACCGGGACCAAGCAAAGAUGCAAACCGAGCUCCGCUGGCGGCAAUUCCAGCGCAUCCACCAACUCAACCUGAAUCCUCAUCUCUCCUUCGUUGACAUCAUUCCGAAGAAAAAACCACAAAAACCGAUACAUCUUGAUGCCAUGACAUUACUCAUGCGCAGAGGAGGUUUUGUUGGGGUAAUGGUCACCAUUUUGGGUAUUUCAAUUCUGACAAGGAUUUUUCUUGCGCCGCCGGAUUUCACCGCUAUGACUCCACUGUGUUUGCCAGUGAAUACUACACUUCCGCCGGAAGUGAAUAUGACGAUGCCAAUAUGUAACUCUACCUCGAUAAUUUGAAAUGACGGGUAAAUUGGGGGAAUCGACACGUUUCCUGUAACGAGUGACUCUUAUUUGACAGCCGCGUUUUUUGUAACUGAUGUCGGUGAACGCAUUAUCACGGUGUACAAAUUGACCAGUGCUACAUGUAUACCUUCUGGAAGUAGACUCCAUUGAACAUUCGCUUGUUAUGCAGGGUAUUUUAAUGAGAAUCGGGUAUUUUUUGGAUCGGCUGUACCCAUCGGAUUUCGUUUAUCAACAAAAUCCUAUGUUGAAGUUGUAGCCCAAUGAUAGUUGAUCGGAUCUUGAUCAACUGGCGCACGCGAUUACCUGAACAAUCUGCGCCGUCAUGUGACCGAAUAAAGUACGCUUUGUUUUGGUGUCCGCCCCUAAUGAAAGGGCCAGCCAGCAGGUUUUGGCGUCUGAGACACUCUUUACUUCCCAGCUCAUGUCUCUGAUGCCAGGCGCCUGGCGAGAACGCAGUUUGUACCCUCUAUCUAACUAGCUGGAGGUUAACCAAACCGGCGGUCGCAUGGGAACGAGCUACAUGUGCCCUUGGACAACGAACCUUCGACCUUUCGUUCAAGAAGGCCAUCUGGAUCGGUGUAUAUAAGAAUAGUUCAUGCUCCUACAUAAAUGUACUUCACAAUCACGUGUUGCAUGUCACGAUAUAUAAGCGUUGUCAAAAUCGAACAAGUUCAAAGCGAAAACAUCUGUCAACCUAUUCGACCACAAACAUUAAUUUUCUUUCAUUACGGCACCUUCACAGCGUCAAUACGUGCUUCUUGGUGACAACACUAAUUUGAUCACUAGCCGGAGUUCUGAAAUCUAAUCGCAAAUUCGUGCCUUACAUGUAACUAGAAUGUCUCAUGAGCUGAGCGUUCGUGACUAUUAAAACGGAUAUUCCAAUGUUAGCCCAAUUAGUUUUUAUGCUUAGUUGAAGGGGAAUUUGCCAUAGUCUGGAACAAACCAUGAUCGUAUCAUAUUACAGCAGUCUACAAAGCUGUGAAGGGGCAACGCAUGGGCUAGAAUAAUGCGACGAAAUUACCAUAUCGUAUAUAAGUCUACAUGACAUUGUACAUGUUAACUGUAUUUAAUAGUGUUAGGAUGUUUCCCGGGGGACUUUUUAAGAUUUCCCAAUGCAGGAUCAAAUACAGGUGGAUGCAAUACCUUCUACUAUAGUAUUCAUGCGGCAGUCACGAAAAUAUUGGGGUCACUCGUGUCAACUAUCACUACCUCAUGGGGGACUUUUUAAGAUUUCCCAAUGCAGGAUCAAAUACAGGUGGAUGCAAUACCUUCGACUAUAGUAUUCCUGCGACAGUCACGAAAAUAUUGGCGUCACUCUUGUCAACUUAUCACUCCCUCAUACAAGCAAAAGGAUCUUAACCUAAAAAUAUAACGGGCCAAAUCAGGGUCCAGUUGUUCAAAGCAAGUUAAGCCACGAGCUCAGCGUAAAUUUACCUUACUCAGUGCCAUCUCCUUCAAAAGUCUUGUUGAAGUCAGAACUUAGAUGCCAAGUUGUUUUGAACAACCAGAACCAAUUUUGUUAAAGUUACAACGCAAAAUUCACUUGAAGAUUAUCGCCGCGCGAUAAGAUGUUUUCGUACAAAGAAAAAACGUCAAAUGGAUUUGCUGCUACCACUUUUGACGUUUAAGUUCUCAAUAACGGGUCCCAUCAUGAUUUCCUCCCCUCAGGCAUUGUUUCAUAUCAGCCUGUUUUCACGUCACCAAAAUAGAGAGGUUCCGAUUUUGAUCAGAGAACGAGAAUGAGUUGGGAUAUCGGGUUUCCAAUCAGAAAUGCAAUGUUACCGGCGUCUUUCUUUAAUUUCUUCAAGUUGAUUUAAGUAUUGAUUAAAGAUUACUUGACAUUUGAUAUCUGGUAUCUGGCCUAGAAACCAAAACAUCUAUUUUGUUACUAAUAUCGAACAAUAUACCCUACCGUUAUGAGGUAUCAUCAAUGCAUUUUAGACAUUUCCGAGUACGACUCGUCUUCCUCAAAAGCACCAUCCUUUCUUAAACUCUAGUCAUCCUUUAAGAAGGGACGUGCGUUCAUGGACGACAAGAUUUGUAGUACAUGUACGUUAGAGUUGGUGGUAAAGUAGAGCCGCUGUUAACUCUGGUGGAUCGAGCUUUCGACGUCAAAAUGCCGCUGCAUGGUUCAAAUUCCACAGUGUGCGUAAUACUCUGGGAAAGGCUCCUUGUCUAACUCGGUCAACGGGGACCGGCUAGAAAUGGUUGUGGCGCUGCGGAUUGUGAGUAGCUCAUGAGUUCAGGAUAAACCGGGGUCAAAGUGUGAAAGUCAGACCAUAAACCCAACCCAGAGCGAAAAAGCCAUACCAGGAGACGUAAAUACUAAAAGAACUCCCAAAGUAUUUGUAACGAGGUCUGUUUCGCAUCUGUUACGAACAUCGAAGUACGAACGCUUCACGAAUUACGAGAUCGCAACAAAUGCCAAACCUCCCUAGCGUCGUAUAAGCAUAUAAGGGUCCUCUUAGAAUAUGAUCAACACGUUUUGUCACUGACACCCUGGCGUUAACUCAGGUUGACGUUAUCUCCUUCAGUUACAAUCUAAGUCAAUUUGACUUAACGCCAUGUUAAAUACAUUUUGUACAUUUAAUAACGCCAGCGUUGAUUGAACAACCGCAGGCCCAUGUUCCAUUAUCAUCAUCAUCACGACGCUGAUUAAUACUUCGUGCGAUUACGGGUUUUUCUUAUUACAGC